AUGUCCCACGACGUCGAAGCAGCGUUCGAUGCGCGCGAAUCAAUCGAAAAAGAGAAGCAAGAGUCCAUCAUCCAGCUGGAAGAUGCAAAAUCUCCGGACAAUGCCGGUUUCGUGAUUGAUCCUCACGCGGAGCGGAGGCUCGUACGGAAGAUCGACAUGAGGAUGUUGAGCGUGGCCACAAUCAUCUAUUUGUUCUCAUUCAUUGACCGCAAUAACGUGGGCAACGCCAGAAUCCUGAACAAGAAUACUGGCGAUGAUCUCCUCCAAACACUCCACCUCAGCGACAACCAAUAUCUCAUCGGUCUCAUGGUUUUCUUCAUCGCCUACACCCUCUUCGAAGUCCCGUCAACGUACUACCUCAAGAAGUUUCGCCCAAGUCGAUGGUUCUCCCUCCUCAUGCUUCUUUGGGGCGCAAUGACCAUGACCAUCGCCGCCACCCAGAACUUCGCCGGGUUGAUCGUGACCCGUUUUUUGCUAGGUGCCUUCGAAGCCGGCCUCUUUCCCGGCAUCGUCUACUGCCUCACCUUUUGGUACAAGCCCUCCGAGCGCGCAGCCCGGAUCGCCUUCAUCCUUGCCGGCGCCACGCUUGGAGGUGCGUUCGGCUCAGCGAUCGCUUUCGGGAUCGGCCAAAUCAACGGCGCGGGUGGGCUGCAAGCAUGGCGUUGGCUCAUGAUCAUCGAGGGCGCGCCCUCCGUGCUCGCCGUCCCGCUCAUCUACUUCUUCUACCCGGACUAUCCCGAGUCUGUCCGCUGGCUCUCCCAGGAAGAGCGGGAGCUUGCCGCGGCGCGCAUCGCCGGGGUCGCCUCGCUCGGACACGCCAAGCUCACCUGGGCCGACGCACGCGCGGCGCUUACCGACUGGCGCAUCUACCUCCACCACGCGCUCUGGGUGUGCUACUCGGUCGCGUUCUCCAGCAUCUCGCUCUUCGCUCCGACGAUCGUCCAGGGCCUCGGCUUCGAGGGUCUCUCCGCGCAGCUGUUCACCGUGCCGCCGUACGCGAUCGCGUUCGUCGUCGUGCUCUCCGUCGCCCGCCUCGCGGACCGCUUCGAGGCGCGCGCGUGGGCCGUCUGCGGCUCCUUCCUCAUCUGUGGCAUCAGCUUCGCCAUCCAGGGCGCGCUGUCCCCGACGGCGUUCACCGCGCGCUACGCCCUCCUCUGCGUCUCCGUCUCGUUCGCGUUCUCGAUCGCGGGCCCGCAGCUGUCGUGGUUCUCCGGCAACCUCCGGAACACGAGCCAGACGACGCUCGGCAUCCCCCUCCACGUGUCCAUCGCGACCUUUGGCCAAAUCAUCGGGCUGUUCAUCUACAAGAGCAACGAGUCCCCGAGCUUCCCGACCGGCCACUUCACGAACGCCGCGGUGAUGUUCACCGGGGCCAUCCUCACCUUCAUCCUGCGCGCCGUGUACGUCCGGCGGAACGGCCGGCUCGCACGCGGCGAGCCCCCGUGGAAGCUCUGA